AUGGGGGGGGCGACGCAGGCCGAUAUCUGCGUGCUUGUUAUAUCGAGCCGCACCGGCGAGUUCGAGACGGGCUUCGAGAAGGGCGGCCAGACGAGGGAGCACGCGAUGCUGGUGCGCACCUGCGGCGUGAAGCAGAUGGUUUGCGUUAUCAAUAAGAUGGACGAGUGUGGGUGGAAUAAAGACCGGUACGACGAAAUUCUUGGAAAGCUGCGCCCCUUUCUGCGGCAGAACGGCUACGAUGAUGAGAAGGCGAAGAAUCUCGUCUUCAUCCCCAUCGCCGGUCUCACCGGUGACAAUCUCAUCAAAAAACCGGCGGACGGUGUCUGCCCUUGGUACAACGGCCCAACGUUAAUGAACUUCAUCGACAACCUCGUGCUGCCCGAGACAAAAAGCGAGAAUGAUGUCCUCUGCAUCCCUUUAGUCGGCGCGUACAAGGACGAGGGGCGCGUGUAUGUGUACGGCAAGGUCGAGUCCGGCUCUAUUGCGGUGGGCGAGAAGAUACAGAUCCUCCCCACCAAGUUGGAGGCGAUUGUCGAGGGCGUCUCUAUCGAGUCGACGGAAUUCGAGAAGUGCUAUCCCGGCGACAACGUGCAUCUGCGAGUGCGUGGUGUGGACGAGAGCGACGUUCAUGCUGGCUAUGUUGCCACGUCAGUUCCAACGUCAUUGCGGUCAGUUGAAUACUUCCAGGCACGUGUGGUGAUUCUUGACGUGAAGAACAUCAUCUGCGCUGGCUCGCGCGUCAUGCUUCACGCCCACGCCGCGCAGGAGGAGGCAUCGUUCCACAAGUUGCUGGCGAAGGUCGACAAGAAGACGGGAGAGGUAGUACAGAAGGACCCGUCCCACGUGAAGGCUGGUGAUGUGGUGAUUGCCCGCAUGGAGUUGGAACGCCCACUGGUGCUGGAGCCGCACAAGGACUUCGACAAGAUGGGCCGCUUUAUGCUGCGUGAGGACGGCAAGACAAUUGCGAUUGGCCUCGUGAUGAAACUCUACGAAUCGACAAAGGAUUCGCUUGCCAAGUCGGGCAAGGCAUAA